GGAGCGGUGGUAGAUGAACGAUAGGAAAAUUUUCGGUCUGACCGAAAAGGUUCCUCUUUUCCUUUGUCGUCCAGGUAGUGCUUAGUAGACUGCUGUACGCAAUUAUAGAGCAGUCUGGCGGGGAAAUGAACAGCAUGUCAUACCUUCUGUACCAAUAGCAAUACAGCUCGCUAAGCAAAUUUUGCUGUUGUCAAUAAAAAUACAGUUCAUCGAGUCAGAGAUGUGGUUCAACUUUUUCUCCCAUGUUGGCUGUCGCCAAACGGUUCUUGUCGACCGUUACAAUCAAGUCGAUCCCAUCCAAGGCUCACCAUCAUCGGCCUCUUCCUUCGACAACAUUGCCAGCAGGAUAUCUCCUUACUGGCAUCCAUGCAGGCAUUAAAAAAGUCCCUGGAACGCCCGAUGUAGGCAUCAUACUCUCGACGUCGAGUCGCCCAACGUCAGCAGCAGCCUGUUUCACCCGAAACGCCUUCAAAGCCGCGCCAGUCGUCGUCUCUCAGGAGAUUCUGAACAAAAAUGGUGGCAGGGCACGAGCUGUCGUUGUCAACAGCGGCUGCGCCAACGCUGUAACAGGGAAGCAAGGCCUAGAGGAUGCAUGGACGAUGGUCAAGGAAACUGACUCGCUCCUCUCCUCCGACCCAGCAGCCCUCGAAAACGAGACGCUCGUCAUGUCGACCGGCGUCAUUGGCCAGAACCUCCCCAUUUCCAAGAUCGUCUCCGCUAUUUGUUCCCAGCACGUCGACCAACCCUCUACACGCUCUCUGGACAGCGAUUUCCACGCCUGGGAGCGCGCAGCAAGGGCUUUCAUGACUACGGACACGUUCCCCAAGCUUCGAUCUCGUGUUUUCACUAUCAAGGGCGUGCAGUACCGGAUGGCAGGGAUGGACAAAGGUGCUGGGAUGAUCCACCCCGACAUGGGCCCUCCGGUCGGCUCGCAGCUCCACGCGACACUCCUAGGGUGCAUCAUGACAGACGCAGCUGUCUCUCCGCGGAGCCUGCAGAACGCGCUGACCUACGCUGUCGACCGAAGCUUCAACUCUAUCAGUGUCGACGGGGAUAUGUCUACCAAUGAUACAAUUUUGGUCCUCGCGAACGGUGCUGCUGCUUCGGAUGGUACAGGAAAUUAUGCCGAUGAGAUUGAUGAGGAAACGGAUAAGGAGUCUUAUGAGAUCUUCAAGCAGGAGUUGACCGCGUUUGCUAUUGAUCUCGCCAAGCUGGUCGUUAGAGACGGCGAAGGCGCGACUAAGUUUGUCACGGUGACUGUCAAGGGCGCAGCGACAUAUGAAGAUGCACACAAGAUUGCCUCUCGGAUAUCAACUUCUGCUCUUGUCAAGACCGCGCUCUACGGUGAAGACGCAAACUGGGGUCGUAUCCUUGCAGCAACAGGUUCUGUCCCACUGACGGUCCCUCUCGACCCUCAGAAGGUCAGCGUAUCCUUCAUUCCCUCCGACGGCACCUCAGCUCUUCCCGUCCUCGUCAACGGUGAGCCGGAGAACGUCGAUGAGGAGAGGGCCAGCGAGAUUCUAGGUUUGGAAGACUUUGAGUUGUGUGUAGAACUUGGAGGACUAGGAUCUGAGGAAGCAAAAUAUUGGACUUGCGAUUUUAGCUAUGUGAGUGAAUGCGAUUCUACAGUAUUGCUGUUACUGACUACCAUACACAGGAAUAUGUUAGAAUAAAUGGUGAUUACCGCUCAUGAUAGACAGGGUGUACGAGGUGAUAAGUUACUCGACGGCUUG